AACCAAUAAUAUUUCGGGAAGUUAAUGCCUUGAAAAAAAGGUACACAAACACGUGUAUCUAUGCGUGUACUGGCGUGGUGAAGGCAAAUGUGUGCCACAGUAUCUGGAGAAGUGCAUGAGUGAGGCUGAAUCAACCCGGGACGCUAUAACCAAACCUCCGACAUCUGCGUUUUGAGGAGUAGUUAUUAUGAAGUUAUUAUGAAGACAACGUCUCGAUACUGACAUCAGCCAUCAAGAACCGGGGAAUAAUAUCCUAUAUCCCGCUGCUAAAAGGAGGCUUUCGUUAGAAGAGGUGAAGAGGACCCGUGCAUGAUUUCAGAGGAGUGACAAUCAAGCCGAAGCUGAAACGAAAAGAGAAAGAUUCUUCUCGCUCGCGUCUUUUUUUCACCCUUCAUCGUGCAGCAGUCUGCUUCACACUCUACCCAACAGUCCAUCUGGCUGCUUCGUGGUAGCCAAGUUUGUUUUGUAAGCGCCAUUCCAGUUUUCUGGGAUUUUUUUUGUCAGCCUCUCCAAGCUGAGAUCUUUCGAAGUUAACGACUUUUAUGUGUAACUGCAGUUGAAAAAACGACCUGUUCUUUCACCUGCAUUGUCACAUUUGCUUCUAAGCGUGUAGGCUCCAUCUACACACUCCAGAUUGUUCAACCUGUUUCCAAAUACAACAUAAGGUUUUAACGGGAGUGUGCGUUUAUCCUUCGAUUUUCGAUCAUUAUUUUACUCUCGUUCCAUCCUAUGGGAAGCCUUACUGUUUUGAAGCAAUUGACUGACAUAAAGACAAUCAUGAUUCAACUGUUCUGUAGACCUUGCAGUCCCACAUAGUCGACAGUUUAUUUACAAUUUUUCAGUCUCACCGAGACAAAUUGGCCAAACACAGUAAUCAUUGAACCGGCCAAUCAGAAGUGUAAUAUUAGUAUGAGUUAUGAGAACCAUGACACCGCCCCUAGCAACGGCACACGGGGCGGAGGGGGGCAGGCGGACGAAGAGGAAGAUGCCGGCCACGGUUCUCCCGACAUGAGCGGAGGCUCCACGUCCCCGGAAGGCGUCAACAGGGACAGCGGCUCGUCCCCGAGCGGCGCGUCGGGAGGGGCCGGCGGCUCGUCGGGCGGCGACCCACGGGGCACGAACUCGGACGACACGGACGCGCUGUCGAGCGGCAACGACUCCGGCGAGCGGGAGAGCGAGGAGCGAGAGAACGGCUCGCGAGGGAUGCAGUUCCCGCGCAGCUACCAGAGCUCGUCCAGCCACAACUGCAAGGACUCGGGGAUGCUGGAGACGACGGAGAGCAACAAGAGCUUGAACUCACACAGCCCGUCCCCUCCCAGCAGCUCGGUGGGCUACAGCCUGCUGAGCGGGGGCAGCUCAGAGCGGGACCCCCCCAGCACCAGCGGCUGCAGCAGUGACCAGUCGGCGCGCGUCCAGACCCAGAAGGAGCUCAUGAAGGCCCUCAAGGAGCUCAAGAUCCGCCUGCCGGCCGAGCGCAAGCCCAAGGGCCGCUCGUCCACACUCAACGCGCUCAAGUACGCGCUCAGCUGCGUCAAGCAAGUCCGAGCCAAUCAAGAGUACUACCACCAGUGGAACAUUGAGGAGUGCCAUGGCUGCAGUCUAGACCUCUCCGCUUUUACCAUAGAUGAGCUAGACAACAUCACAUCUGAGUACACCCUCAAGAACACUGACACCUGUUCGAUCGCCGUGUCCUUCCUGUCGGGGAAGGUGGUGUACAUCUCGCCGCAGAGCUCCUCGCUGAUGCGCUGCAAGCCCGAGCGCCUGCAGGGGGCGCUCUUCUCCGAGCUGCUGGCCCCCCAGGACAUCAGCACCUUCUACAGCAGCACGGCGCCAUGCCGCCUGCCGCCCUGGGCCGCCUGCAUCGGCUCCGCCUCCCCGCCAGUGGACUGCACGCAGGAGAAGUCUAUGUUCUGCCGGAUCAGUGCCGACGUGCUGCACGGGGGCGAGAUGCGCUACUACCCGUUCCGCCUGACGCCUUACCAGCUGACACUGCGCGACUCGGACGCCUCAGAGCCCCAGCCCUGCUGCCUGCUCAUCGCCGAGAGGGUCCACUCUGGAUAUGAAGCCCCUCGUAUCCCCCCAGACAAGAGGAUCUUCACCACCAGCCACACUCCCAGCUGCCUCUUCCAGGAGGUGGACGAGAGAGCGGUGCCGUUGCUAGGUUACCUGCCACAGGACCUGGUAGGCACACCAGUGCUACUCUACGUUCACCCUGAGGACAGACACAUUAUGGUGGCUAUUCACAAGAAGAUCCUCCAGUUUGCUGGGCAGCCCUUUGACCACUCUCCCCUGCGGAUGUGCGCACGCAGCGGGGAGUACCUCACCAUCGACACCUCCUGGUCCUCCUUCGUCAACCCAUGGAGCAGGAAGGUGGCCUUCAUUGUUGGACGCCACAAAGUCAGAACGAGCCCUCUGAACGAGGACGUGUUCACUCCACCACGGGCCGCCGAGGGCCGCUCCAUGGUCCCCGAGAUCCCGCAGCUGAGCGAGCAGAUCCACCGGCUCCUGGCGCAGCCCGUCCACUGCGGCGGCUCGCAGGGCUACAGCAGCCUGACCAGCAGCGGUGGUGGCUCGCACGAGCAGCACCAGAGCGCCGCCAGCUCGUCCGAGAGCAACGGCCCAGUGCCGGAGGACGUCAUUGCCGUGGCGCAGCUCCUCAAGCCGAUGACCUUCCAACAGAUCUGCAAGGACGUACACAUGGUGAAGACCAGCGGUCAGCAGGUGUUCAUUGAAUCCAGAAAUCGCCCACCACCACGGAAGCAUGCCAACACUGGGGCCAGUGGGUCUUUGAGAGCCAUCAGAGCCUCUGAGCCAAUCACCAGCUUCAACCCGCAGACGGCCCUGCCCCCCAAGAGCACGGCUCCCUCACAGCUCAUGAUGAAGGAGCCGCCCAGCGCCUACUCCUACCAGCAGAUCAACUGCCUGGACAGCAUCAUAAGGUACUUGGAGGGCUGUAACCUGCCCAGCACGGUCAAGAGGAAGUGCGGUUCCUCCUCUUGCACGGCCUCCUCCACCUCUGAUGAUGACAAGCAGCAGGACACUGCCGGCAACUCUAAAGGUCCGGCGGUAGCUCUUGUGGGGGAGGCUCCUCCUCUACCCCCCCUCGCAUUGCCCAAACCCGAAAGCGUCGCCUCGGUAACCUCUCAGUGCAGUUUCAGCAGCACCAUCGUCCACGUGGGAGACAAGAAACCGCCUGAGUCAGACAUCGUCAUGGAGGACGCCCCUCCGACCCCUACGUCAGCACCUCCCACUGUCCAAGUUUCAGUGACCCCUACCACCGCCGCCACCUUCUCACCUCCCCCGGUGCCCGUGACGCCCGCGCCCGCGCCCAGCCCCGCGCCUCCGGCCGAGAGGGAGUCUCGCCGAGGAGGCGGCGCGAGCAGGCGGGGCCUGACGAAAGAGGUGCUGUCGGCGCACACGCAGCAGGAGGAGCAGAACUUCCUGUACCGCUUCCGUGACCUGAGCCAGCUGCGCGUGUUCGACUCGGCCACCUCGCUGAAGAGGCCCACCACUACACCACUGGCCAGAGGGGUGCGCUGUUCCCGUGACUACCCUGCAGCAGGCAGCAGUAGUCGGCGUCGGGGCCGAGGCGGCAAGCGCCUGAAGCACCAGGAGUCGAUCGACCAGGGCAGCCGAUCCCUGCGAGGCCCAACGGGGCCCCCCGUGCCCAACGUGGCGGCCCCCCCUACCAACACCUUCCCCCUGGGGCCCCCGACCACCUCCUCGUCCUGGCCCACGUCCGUGGGCUCCCAGGCCAGCCUGCCGUCGGUGCCCUACCCGCCGGGCAUGCUGCCCCUCUACCCGCUGUACCCGCCGCUGACCGACCCGUCGCUGCAGGCCGGCCUGCGCUUCCCCCUGCAGAACGUCCCCAUGUCGCCGCAGAUGGUGCCGCCCAUGAUGGCGCUGGUGCUGCCCAACUACAUGUUCCCGCAGAUGAACGCGGCCUGCUCUGCUGCCGGCAUGGGCACCGUGCCCUUCUUCAACCCCAACUCGGCCUUCGUGCCGCCACCCUUCGCCGCGGCGAGUGCCGGGGUCAACCCUGGCAUGGCGUCGCUACCGCCCAGCACCCUGCAGCAGAUGCCGCAGACGCCGACGCCGACGCUGACGACGGCCACCCUCACCCAGGGGCCCCGGCCCGCGUCCCGCUCCAGCACGCCACUGUCCGUCAGCCAGAGGGAGGCCGGCGGCGACCGGGAGGAGUCCAUGCUCCUGCCCUCCAGCCGAUGCUCGUCCCCGCUCAACCUGCUCCAGCUCGAAGAGCCGCCCAGCAACCGCCUGGAAGGGUCCGCCCAGCAGACCAUGUCCACGGGAGGGCAGGGGGCCGGGGCCGGUGGCCAGAGAGGUGGAGCCGAGGACAAGGAGAAUGAGAGCGGCGAGGCCAAUGAGUCCAACAAUGACGCCAUGUCCACCUCGAGCGAGUUCCUGGACCUCCUGCUCCAGGAGGACUCCAGGUCGGGCACGGGGUCGGCCGCCUCUGGCUCCGGGUCCUCGGGCUCAGGGUCCUCUGGAUCCGGUUUGGGGUCCUCGGGGUCCUCGGGCUCAGGCUUAGGCUCGGGCUCAGGCUCGGGCUCCAACGGCUGCAGCUCGUCGGGGAGCCGGACCAGAAGCAGCCAGAGCAGCAACACCAGUAAAUACUUUGGCAGCAUCGACUCGUCGGAGAACGACCACUCCCGCAAGCAGUCAGCAGGGGGCGACGGCGAGGCUCAGUUCAUCAAGUGUGUGCUCCAGGAUCCCAUCUGGCUCCUUAUGGCCAACACUGACGACAAGGUCAUGAUGACCUACCAGCUGCCCACCAGAGACCGUGAGACGGUGCUGCGUGAGGACCGGAUGGCUCUGAGGGCCAUGCAGAAGCACCAGCCGCGCUUCACUGAGGAGCAGAAGAGAGAGCUGAGCCAGGUCCACCCGUGGAUCCGCACCGGGCGCCUGCCCCGUGCCAUCAACAUAACGGCUUGCCAAGGGUGCAAAUCCCCCACCGCCACUCCACCAGCACCUCCCUUUGAUGUGGAGAUUCACGAGAUGGAGCUCUGCAGUGUCCUCACUGCGACAGAGGAGCGCGCGUCCGCUGAGAAACUGACCCAGGCCGACACCGCCAUGGAGGAGGGCGAGGGCGACGUGGAGGCAGAGCGUCCAGCGGCAGAAAGAGAACAGAGGAGGAAAGGAUCCGAGGACGAGGUGGUGGUGGUAGAGGAGGACGCCGAGACGGACAAUGCACUGGGCAAAGACCAGGAAAUGGCAACGGAGGAGAAGGAAAUGACGUCAUCACAAUCGGAGCAGGGGAAAGUCACAGUGAUGACCCACUGACUUCACUAAGCAAAGAGGGCAGCAGUGCUGCUUUUCUGACCGUUUCGGCACAAAAUAUGAAGGUGUUCACUGCACUUUUGUCUGUUCCUAAUGCCUCUCCCACUGAGGUUUUUACUUACUGACCGAUAACAGUCUAACGACAAGACUACAGUCAUGAGACGCUGUUGACGGUUAUUGUAUGAUACAGAUUUAUGUCUCCUGGUGAAAUUUGUUUCUCUUGAAGCAGUUUUGCUCAGAAGACAAGGCACUAAGCAGAUGAAUGUUGUUUUUAUAAAAAGGUGAAAUGGCCACUG